CUUAUUUGGACCAGUGUAGACAGAAGCAAACCCAGCUCACUUGUUUCCUGGGACAGUUGAGGUAGGGGAUGGCUUUUGCAGAGCAUUCCUCGCUGACCCCUCAUCGCCGGGACCUCUGUAGCCGCUCUAUCUGGCUAGCAAGGAAGAUUCGUUCAGACCUGACUGCUCUUAUGGAAUCUUAUGUGAAGUAUCAAGGUCUGAACAACAACAUCAACCUGGACUCUGUGGAUGGUGUCCCAAUGGCAAGUACUGAUAAGUGGAGUGAGCUGAGUGAGGCAGAGCGACUCCAAGAGAACCUCCAAGCUUAUCGUACGUUCCACGUUAUGCUGGCCAGGCUGUUAGAAGACCAGCAGGUACAUUUUACCCCAACUGAAGGUGACUUCCAUCAAGCCAUACAUACUGUUCUACUCCAAGUCUCUGCCUUUGCUUACCAACUGGAGGAGUUAAUGGUAUUCCUGGAACACAAGAUCCCCCCCAAUGAGGCUGACGGAGUGCCUGUUGUUGGAGAUGGUGGUCUCUUUGAGAAAAAGCUGUGGGGCCUAAAGGUGCUACAAGAGCUUUCACAGUGGACAGUCAGGUCCAUCCGUGACCUUCGUGUCAUUUCUUCACAUCAGACUGGGAUCCCAGCACAUGGGAGCCGUUAUACUGCUAAUGAAAAGAAAAUGUAGCAUUUAGCCCCAUCCUUACUUAUCUGAUGGAAUACACAGUUCCUUAGAGCCUUCCUUUCCCAUCUUAAAUUUCCGAAAACCUUUAAGACCACAGGCAUUUUCGUCAAGUAGGGUUGGAGACAUGAACAAAUGGGCAUACAGAUCCA